AUGGCACCUCGUGAAUUUGUUUUUAAUCUUCCAGUUGGUUAUACAUUUCGUCCAAGUGAUGAUCAGUUAUUGGAACAUUAUCUUUUAAAGAAGAAUAGUGGCGAACCCCUUCAGUAUGAAAAUGUCAUUCCAGAAAUGGAUCUUUAUGGUAAGAUAGAGCCAUGGGAUAUAUGGCAUGAAUGUGGUGGACACAAAUUAGCCAAAGGUGAAGACCUUUAUUUCUUCACCAAAUUGAAGAGCCUGGGUGACAAGGACACCCGCGUGGCUCGCACCAUAGGGUCCGGGACAUGGAAAGGUGAGAACUCAGGGACCACAGUCAGUGAUCCGAACAAUAAGGAGAAAGAUUUAGGUAUAUGGAAAAGGUUUCAUUAUGAAAACCCUAAAUCUGUUCAAGACGGUUGCUGGAUUAUGCACGAGUACAGCCUUCACCCUUCAUUGGUGAAGACCAAAUCAAACUCAACCAAUCAGUUUGUGCUGUGCCGGAUUCGAAAGAAUGACAGGGGGAAGGGAAAGUUGACAACUGCAGAAGAGGAUAAUAAAACUGACACUCCAGUACAAUCUCAAAAUAAGAGGCAAAGGCCGCAACAAGUGACUAGCUUUGAGGAACUUAUUGGUGAUUGCACUCCCAUGUCUAAGGCUACUGGAGUUGGUGGGAGUGUGUCAUACUUGCCAACUGAACUCACUCAAUCUCAGCCGGACAGAUCUUUUGCAUGCCCAACAACUGUGGUCUCUUCCCAAGCUAGGGAAAACUACACUGAGACUCAACAAGCCUUGGGAUUGUACGCAGUUUGUAACCAAGAGAGGGCUUCAGAUAUUUAUGAGACUCAACAAGGCCUGGGCCUCAUUGACAAUGAUAUUGGAUAUUGGCCUAGUCCAUUUGGUAGUGAAGAAGACCAAGUCAAUGCGCUCGACUUCUCGAUUGAUUAUGAUUUACUCAACCACUUGAUCAACUGUGAUGAUGGUCCGCCGCAAUCUUCCACAGCACAGUUUAUGGGAAUGGGAAUGGAGAACACUUCUACUGCAAUUAGUGAAGCUAAUAUGGUCAUCAUAGAUUGA